CGUCUACUCAUCACCAAUUUCUCCACCGUGAUGUAAACAUGGCGCAAGCAUCGUCCCCAGAAUCUCCAAACAAAUUGGAGUUGGAGGAUGAUUUUAUGCACUACUAUGUCGUCGACGGGGUUCGUUUGCCGCCAUUUUGCAGAGGGAAGAUACAGGAUAUUUUAGAAUUUCCCUGCAGGUCGGACGAUGUCUGGAUUUUGUCGUAUCCCCGUGCCGGAGUGUGGGUCCAAGACCUGAUCUAUCUCUUGCUCCAAGGAGGCAACCUCCAGGAGACCAGUAUCAGCCUGGAGACAGUAGAAGAUGCUAUCCCAUUCCUAGAAGGACCAAGUCCUGGUCUAGAGACCAUCAAGAGUCUUCAAUCUCCUCGUUAUAUCAAGUCACACCUCCCAUUCCAGCUCCUACCAAAGGGAGUCCAGGAAAAGCAAUGCAAGAUCAUCUACAUUGCCCGGAACCCUAAGGAUGUCAUGUGUUCAUUCUAUGACUUUCACAGGACUGUUCGUAUGGUACACUACAAAGGCACCUUCAACCAAUUCUUCUACAGAUUCAUCAAUAACAAGUUGGGUUAUGGCUCCUACUUUGAUCAUGUUCUGAACUUCUGGAAAAAUAGACAUCAUGAGAAUGUUCUAUUCCUAAACUACGAAGAUGUGAAAAAGGAUUUUCCAGCUGCCGUGAUUCAGGUAGCUAAUUACCUUGACAAACCUCUGGGUGAGAAGGCUAUCAAAGCUAUCAACAAUUACUGGGAUGACGAACCACUCUACAAUAGGAAAGAGGAUCGCGUUGGAUUCUGGAGGUACUACUUCACAGUGCACAUGAAUGACAAGAUGAACAAACUCUUACCUGACAAACUCAAGGACGCAGACUUGGAGUUUAACUACACAAUAUAACUAGCGCCCUCUAUCAUCAAUGUCCCACCAACGUGCAGGAGCCUGAUUAACAAUCAAGUUCCUCUCCUAGCUCUGUAUGUUAUACAGUCAAACCUGUCUAUAGUGACCGCCCAAUGGAAACGUCAAAAUUGGUCUUUGUAGAGUUUCCUUUAGUACAUGUUUUAAUGAGAAACCAUUUUCAAGGGAAACAAAAA